CAUGAUCCCAAAUGCAGUUAAAUUAUUUGAAACCCUUAGUAAAUAGAUUUUUCAUAUUUUUAUUAGCUGUGAAACAUGAACCAUUGACUCUUAUUGUACCACAGGUUGAAACAUCUUUCUUAGGAUUAUAACCUGCUUUAUUUCCUCCGAUUCCUAGAGAGCUGUCUCCUCCUCCUCCUCGAGAGUUAUUUGAUUUGGACGAAGAGUUCGCAUCUGAAAAGUGAUCUUACCAAUUUA